UCCGCGAGCCUCCACGUCUAUGCACGAGCAAGCUGUAGCCUAUCAGGAGCGGCCACCGUGUGUUUGCAAACACUGUAAAGACCCGGAUGUUCCGUUCAGGGACAUUCUUCUCACGCUCUUCUUCGCAGCUGGAAAGUCGUUGGACCUGUACAAAUCUCUCGCUUUUGCUGGUGUCCGGCAAACCAAGCCAACAUGGAUGUGAGGGGAUCUCCACAAAAGACCACCAGUCUGCUCAUAAAAACCCCAAGCCAGGAUCAGGAGGACCGAACCAUCGACGGUGUCUGUCUGAGCUGGACCGUCGGGGAGCUGAAGACCCACUUGUCGACCGUCUACCCAACGAGACCGGCUGUGAGUGAGCAGAGGCUGAUCUUUGCUGGGAAGCUGCUGCCGGAUCAUCUGCACCUGAAGGAUCUCUUUAGACAGGCUGACGCUGUUCCCAUGCUGCACCUGGUCUGCACAGUGAGGAAUUCAUCUCCACCUAAGACACCAGACUCCCAUCAGCCACCUGCUGCCUCUCCCACGCCGGUCCCGUCCCCUGUCCAGACUCCCAGUGCGCCCGAGCUGAGGCAGAGGAGGCAGGCGUCUCCCCCUCCAGCUGCUGUGCACCCGCAGAGCCCGCCGUCUUCCCCAGGAGCUCCUGCUGCUGCUGCAUGGUCCGAAGCCCCCCAGGUGACCCCGCCCACCUUCCCCACCCACUCCCUCUACAGCCCCCAGCAGCUGCUGUGGCUGCAGCACGUCUACGCGCGCCAGUACUACAUGCAGUACCAUGCAGCUUUGGCGGCAGCCGGCUCCCCGUCACCUCUAACCACCUUUGGCCCUGCUGUCCCCGCCCACCAAGUCCCUGUCCCGCCGCCUCAGAACCCCAUUGACAACCUGCCAGCCAAUCAGAACCCAGUGCAGGACGCUGCCUUCAUCAAUCCCGCGGAGGCCAACCAGAACAUGCGGAUGAACGCACAGGGUGGAGCAGUGGUGGAGGACGAGGAGGGGGUGGAGCGCGACUGGCUGGACCACCUCUACUCUGCAGCGAGGCUGGGGGUCCUGCUGGUGAUCGUCUACUUCAACUCCAGCCUGAGCCGCUUCCUGCUGGUGACCAGCACGCUGCUGCUCAUGUACCUACACACAGUGGGCUGGUUUCCCUUCCGGAGGCGGGUGCAGGUCCAGCAGAACCAGGACAGGAACCCUCAUCCAGAUCUGGUGGGCGAAGCAGCUGGCGGUCAGGUGGAGGAGCCUGCAGCUGAGUUACCAGAGGGGGCCAGCUCCAUGGCGGCGGUGUUGGUGCCUCCUCACAGAGUGUCCAUCAUGUGGACGGCCUGGGUCUUCUUCAAAGGGUUCUUCUCCUCCCUGAUACCUGAGGUUCCUCAGGAAAUGGCCAACUGAUGUGCACGUUAUUCCUCGGAAUCUUCUGCUGGAGGUGUGAGCUAAGAUCGGAAGGCUGCUGGGAGACGGUGGUCCCUCCUGUAUUUGAUUUAUCAGCAGGCCAUUAAGCUGCAGAUGACCGGGACAUGAAGCUCUGUGGGGCCCAAGCCACUGUGGAUCUGGUUCUGCCCUCACACUGGUGGAGCGUGCACGGACUGCAGCUGUGAGCACAGAGCGAGACGCUGAGGAAGCCUCAGAUCAGGCCCACCUUCCACACGAGCUGCUAUAGGAAGAUCUCAUAAAACGGUCAGACCAAAGGGAGGCUGGUUGAUGGCCUCACAGAAGGUCAUGAACACGUGACGCCUCUUCAGCCCGUUGAAGGAGUUUGAUCUGCCAAAUGAAGCUGUAAAAUCUUUUCUACACUAAGCACUUUACAACAGGCUUUGAUCUGCAUUAGAAUGACUUGUUUUUAAAGUUUCCGCAGAGUUUUAAUUUUUAUCACAUUUAAUAAAAAAUAAGUUUUUCAAAAUUGUAGGAUUUUAAGUAAAAAUGUUAAUGUCUGAGAGAUUUUCCAUUGAUGUACAGCAAGGAGGAGCUGCAAUAAACGUUUUCCAGAUGAAAGAU